CCUUUUCUAGUGAAUGCAGGAGGUUUCUGUUUUAAGAACUAAAGUGACUUGGCUGUUGAUUCACUGCCCACAGGGAGAUUUUUGAAACGAGGCUUCCUAGCCUCGGUAGUAAUUUGCAUACAGCUUCCACUUCCUGCUCAGAGCCGUUCGACAACUUACCUGGGCCUGGAGAGGGUGGAGGGAGGCUGGGAGCCACCCAAGGUGGAGAGACACGAGAAGGAGAGAGCGGGACCACCCCGGGGCCUGGUCUGUCUGUGCGUGGAGGUUUAAGAAACUAGAAUGAACCGAAGCAUUCCUGUGGAGGUGGAUGAAUCAGAACCAUACCCAAGUCAGUUACUGAAACCAAUCCCAGAAUAUUCCCCAGAAGAGGAAUCAGAACUACCUGCUCCAGAUAGAAGGAACAUGGCACCCAACAGCUCGUCUGUGCCCCAAACCCCUCACUAUUCCUCGGGAGACUUUUCUCAGGCUCACCCACCCCUGAAACUUGCAAAUCACCAGUGGCCUGUGUCCCAGCAGGUCACCUGCCUGCGCACUAAAGUUCUGGAGGAGAGUGAAGACAGCUUCUGGAGGAGACACCCAGACCCAGGCAAAGAUUUUCCCUCGGGCUCCUCCGCGGCCGGCGAGCCUGAGCCCACGUCUGUGGUUGGAGCCCUCCCGCAGGAGCAUCAGUUUUCAUUUACGGAAAAACGUAAUCAAUGGCUGGGAUCUCAGCUUUCAGCAGCUUCUCCUGACACUGGCCAUGACUCAGACAAAUCAGACCAAUGUUUACCUAAUCCCUCAGUAGACUCCUCGGGCAGGAGCCAAGAGAUGGCACCACAGCCCCAGCCCCACAGGAACCGAGCAGCCCCGGAUCUGCCUACGAUAGACACGGGGUAUGAUUCCCAGCCCCAAGAUGUCCUGGGCAUCAGGCAGCUGGAAAGGCCCCUGCCCCUCACCUCCGUGUGUUACCCCCAGGACCUCCCCAGACCUCUCCGGUCCAGGGAGUUCCAUCAGUUUGAACUUCAGAGGUAUCCAGCGUGUGUACAGAUGCUGCCUCCUAACCCUUCCCCACAGGCUCAGUGGAACUAUCAUUACCAGUGUCCUGGAGGUCCCGAUCACCAGGUGCCAUAUGGCCACGACUACCCUCGAGCAGCCUACCAGCAAGUGAUCCAGCCGGCUCUGCCCGGGCAGCCCCUACCUGGAGCCAGUGUGAGAGGCUUGCACCCUGUGCAGAAGGUCAUCCUGAAUUAUCCCAGCCCCUGGGACCAAGAAGAGAGGCCCGCACAAAGAGACUGCUUCUCCCCAGGGCUCCCGAGGUAUCAGGACCAGCUAUAUAACCAGCCACCUAACAGAGCUGGAGUUCCUGAGGAGUCCUUGGAGUGUCCUGCAGAGUUGAGACCACAGGGUCCCCAGGCUCCAUCCCCAGCUGCUGUCCCUAGACCCCCUAGUAACCCUCCAGCCAGAGGAACUCUCAAAACAAGCAAUUUGCCAGAAGAAUUGCGGAAAGUCUUCAUCACUUAUUCUAUGGACACAGCCAUGGAGGUGGUGAAAUUCGUCAACUUUUUGUUGGUAAAUGGCUUCCAAACUGCUAUUGACAUAUUUGAGGAUAGAAUCCGAGGCAUUGAUAUCAUUAAGUGGAUGGAACGCUACCUUAGGGAUAAGACAGUGAUGAUUAUCGUAGCAAUCAGCCCCAAAUACAAACAGGAUGUGGAAGGCGCUGAGUCGCAGCUGGACGAGGAUGAGCAUGGCUUACAUACUAAGUACAUUCAUCGAAUGAUGCAGAUUGAGUUCAUAAAACAAGGAAGCAUGAAUUUCAGAUUCAUCCCUGUGCUCUUCCCAAAUGCUAAGAAGGAGCACGUGCCCACCUGGCUUCAGAACACUCACGUCUACAGCUGGCCCAAGAAUAAAAAAAACAUCCUGCUGCGGCUGCUCAGAGAGGAAGAGUACGUGGCUCCUCCCCGGGGGCCUCUGCCCACCCUUCAAGUGGUACCCCUGUGACACCUUACCUCCCCAGGUCACUGGGGCCAUGCCAUGUCUGGGGCCCUGUUCCGACAAGCAUGCUUCUAGCUGAGGCUGUUUGUUUUCAGCCCCUCUCAGAGGGGCCCUCCUACCCCAGAAAACCUGUUCUGCAGAGUACCCUCCCUCCUGGGACCUCACAGACCCUGUCUUUGAAAGAGAGGCCGUGGCGGCUCUGCAUUCCCCGCUUCUGAAGCUCACUGCGUGUUGCUCCUAACAGUCCGACGUGUCCACUCUGGGCCUCUCGGUGCUUAGCACGUACAUAAUAUACGUGAUGUUGCAAUAAAUGUAAACGGCCCCACUCUCCCAUCGCUUAAGGCUACUUUUAUGAGUUAGCCAGAUGCUUGUGUGUCCUCAGACCAAACUGAUUCAUGUACAAAUAAUAAAAUGUUUACUCUUUUGUAA